AUGACGAAAAUGAUAGGAAAACGUAAAACUUUACCGAAACCCAACUUCCAACUCCUCAAUAAUAAACUAGAAAAAGAAAUUCAAGGACUAGUGUACUCCUUUAACUUUGCUCUUAAAAUAUUCUGUGCUUCAAAGUACAGUGUACGCAACAAUCGGCUGUAUCCUAGAGGAAACAAGUAUCAGUUUUUUGCAUUCUGUUUCACGGUGUUCAUGGGUUUCAUAUGCACGUACAGGAUGUUCACUAUAGAUAUUACUGAUCCAAAUAUGUCUGAAUCUGAGAAUGACACGGUUAACCUCCUCAGUGUUCUUUAUUACUUCCUCUAUACCAUUGGCUUUACUCUAAUGUUCAUUCUCGACUCUAUACAUAAACAGGAUAAUGUGUUCUUCUUCAUUGAAAUCCAAGCUAUUCAUCUGAGCGUAGACUUCAGCAAAAAUAUGCGCAGUUACAUCAUUUUUAACUGGAUUUAUCUAUUCAUGAUUAUGUUCAUUGAUAUCUACAUGUAUGGUAUUAAGUCAUGUAGUAAAUACAUUUAUCCGCAGUUUAAUGUCUUUGUACAUUGUGCUCUUCACGUCAAAACGAUUCACAUUAUCUGGUGGUGGUUGUGGAAGAGCCAUGCUUUGGCACGAAUGGGUCGGCCCGAUCUGAAUGAUACUACGCCCUCAUACGAAACCAGCGUGAAACGAUCACAGCGUUGUGUUGCACCAUCGGAGUGA